GCAACGCUAUUUCUGAUACAAGCCAUGAUGCCAUUGGCCUUCUUGGCCACCUGGGCACACUGCUGGCUCAUGAUGGGUCAAGCGCUGAUCAACACCCUCAAGUCCAUUUCUUCCACAGCCUUCCAGCCACUCUGCUCCAAGCCUGAAGUGUUGCCUGGGACUGUUGCAACCAAAGUGACGCUGACCUGACACUUGGUCUUGUUCAACUUCAUCCAUAUUUCAGCCCAGCUAUCCAGACUCUGUAGAGCCUUCUUACCCCCAGGCAGACUGACGCUUACUCCCAGCUUGGUGUCAUCUGCAAACUUACAUACUGUGGGUGCACUCAAUCCCUUUGUUCAGGUCAUUAGUAAAGAUACUUAACAGGACGGGCCCCAGUAUUGACCCCUGGGGAACACCACUCAUAACAGGUUGCCAGCUGGAUUCAACUCCAUUCACUACCACACUGGGCUCUGCCCUCCACACUCAGUCCUUUACCCAGAGCAAAGAGAGUACUGUCCAAGCCACAGGCUGCCAGCUUCUCCAGGAAAAUACUGUUGGAGAGUGCCAAAGGCUUUGCUAAAGUCUGAGUAGACUAAGUAGACGGUCUUUCCCUCAUCCACCAGGCAGGUCACUGGAUCAUAGAAGAACAGGUUGAUCAAGCAGGAUUUGCCUUUUGUGAACCCAUGAGGCUGGUCAGGCCUCAUUCCCCUGUUGUCUUGCACAUGCUGCAUGAUCUCAUCAAGACGAUCAGCUCCAUAACCUUUCCUGGCACCGAGGUCAAGCUGGCAGACUUGUAGUUCCUCAGAUCUCCUAAGGACCCUUCCUGUAGCUGGGAGUCACGUUGGCGAGCCUCCAAUCCUCUGGGAGCUCUUCGGUUGACCAUGAAAAGGCAGAGGCUGCCCACACACAGGGCCAUUGUCUGGGUGCUCUCCCCAGCACUUGAGCUCUGGUCACAGUUAGGCUCACCAAGGAGCACUCAUGCAGUAACAGACCGAGGCUGCAAAUCUGCGAGCUUUCAGCUCUGUCAGGGCUUCAUUCACGCGAAUGUGGGUAACACAAGUCUUACAGCAGGGGAAACCGCGCGUGCCUGUGCAGUCUGACGGAGCCCCGAGCCUCGGCUCAGCAGCACCGCAGCGCCUCACCGGUCGCAAGGCGCCGCCGUUCCGGCGCUGGGCCAAGCGAAAGCGAUUCUCUGAGCGCCCUCGGAGCGCCGUGGGACGGCCCGCGGCCUGCGCCGCUCCCGCCCCGUUUCCUCCAGCAGCGCGGAGGAGGCGGGCCGGGCCGGCACACGGCGGGGGAAGAGCAGGGCUCUCGACAUGUCGGGCGCGGAGCGGCGGCGGGCGGCAGGCCGUGUCCAGUUGGACAGCAAAUCUACACCAACCACCACAGAUGGAAAUCAGAACAUCACAGAAGUGGAUGCAUUUGACAUAAGACAAACAUUUGACCCUGCAGAGCAAUACAAAAUGAACCAUCAGAGAAGAGGAGUUGCGUUAAUCUUCAAUCACGAGCACUUUUUUUGGCAUUUAAGGCUGCCAGAUAGACGUGGGACUUUGGCAGACAGAAACAAUCUGAAACGCAGCUUGACAGACCUUGGAUUUGAAGUCAGAAUUUUUGACGAUCUGAAAGCAGAAGAUGUGCUGCAGAAAGUUUAUGAAGCCUCUCUGGAUGACUACAGCAAUGCUGACUGCUUUGUUUGUGUGUUCUUGAGUCAUGGUGAGAAUGACCACGUCUACGCAUAUGAUGCCCAAAUCAAAAUUGAGACGAUCACAAACAUGUUCAGAGGAGAUAAGUGCCAGAGUCUGGUAGGAAAGCCGAAGAUAUUUAUAAUUCAGGCAUGUCGAGGUGAUAAACAUGAUGACCCAGUUCUCGUUCAGGAUUUAGUAGACAGCAAAGAUGAAACCACUGUUAACCAGACUGAAGUGGAUGCAGCUGGCGUCUAUACCCUGCCGGCUGGUGCAGACUUUAUUAUGUGCUAUUCUGUGGCACAAGGUUACUUUUCUCACCGUGAAACUGUAAAUGGCUCCUGGUACAUUCAAGAUUUAUGUGAGGCUCUCAGGAAGCACGGCUCUUCCUUGGAGUUCACAGAACUUCUUACUGUUGUUAACCGGAAAGUUUCUCAUCGCAAAGUGGAUAUGUGCAGAGAUAUAAAUGCUAUAGGAAAAAAACAGAUUCCUUGUUUUGCUUCAAUGUUGACAAAAAAAUUGUAUUUUCACCCAAAAUCUAAGUAGCUUGCUACUUAAUAAUGACAUUCUUUAAUGCUCACCACAGAAGUGAGAAAACUACCAUCUUAGAUCAGGAGAUUAAUACUCUAUAAGAUUAUCUGCAAAAACACUGGGAUCAAACCUUAUAGUUUGUAUAUGCAAUAGUUUCAAAAAUCUUAAGGCAAAUUUAAAGCUAAUAUUACAGCUCUGUUCAUCUCAGGGAAUUUGGAAAAAGUUUACUGGUGCUAGAUUAGUAAGAGGUGCUCAGAUUUUAUUGAAAUUAACUUUUAAGGAAAAAGAAAGAUUUGUGCUCAAUUUACCUGUUUCAUUAUGGCACAUUUUUUACUAUUUCCAAAACUUUUUAAACACUGUAUUAGGUUAGCUUCUCUUGCUCCAAGAGUACAGUUUACAGGAAAUAUACUUGUAAGGCAUCUUUUUUAUAUCUGUGUACAACAGUAUCCACCACCUAAUUUUUAUGCAUUUAUAUAUAUAUAUAUAUAUUUUUUUUCCCUCUCAACACUAAAAACGUACUUAAUUCCUUGAGUACAGUUGUAGUUCUAAUGCAAAUAAAGGGCUUCUUUUACUGGCACAUAAUUUUCAUUUGUGGCACAAUUAAAGCCUGUGGUGCUUUGCAUCCUCAGAGGGAAAGAAAGCAGUAAUGAAAUAAGGCAAAUAUCUUGCUUUGGAAAAGCAUGAUUUUGGGUACAAACACACUCUUUGACAGGGGUAAACUUAUCUGCUACACAUCACUAAAGCAAAUGAUUUAUACGGUUCAGGUUCACUUGCCACUUUUCUAGAUAUCUUUAGGCAGCUCUCCAGUAUACAACAUAAGCAAACCUUGGUUCUUCAGAGGUAUUGGUGUUGGACCAGACUCUGCCUCCUCUGGGCUCCAGAGAUCAGCUGUCCACUGUCAUUUUGUAUACAGAACUGAUAGUAUGCUUGCCAUCAUAGGAUGUUUCAGGUUGCUACUACUGUAGCAUUAGUAACUGCAAUACUUAAUAGAAGCAAUUUUUUAAAAAAUUAGGUUUUACAUUAUUGGUAUAUAAUGCUUAACUCUGGUGGACAGAGAACUCAUGCUAAGGAAAGUUAAUUCAUUUUUCUGGGUAAAAAAUAAUUGACUUACUGGUUCUACUUUAGUUACAUCCUUUCAUACACUGUGUUCUGAGUUAGUAUGGCUACUUUGAAGCUCUGAGUAAAUCAUGUAUUUGUGAAUGUUUUUGUAAGUUCUUUCAAUAAAAUGCAACAGUAAAACAAAUAAUUUUAGA